CUCGCUUGUGGCCGUCGCUGUGAGCUCCCCGAGGCCGUGGCCGUCCCGGAUCCCGGCGUCAGCUUCAGUGAAUGGCAGCGCAUGGACGUGGGGGCUCGUGCUCGGGCGGUGCUGGGGGGCCACGCGGCGCUGGUGGCCGCGGUGCUGCGGGCGCGGGAGCUGCUGAGCGACCCCCACCUGCGCCCCACACUCGAUCGAAUCUAUGGGGCGGCGCGGAGCCUGGCCAGACUGCUCAGGGGGGUGGUCAGCCCG